AUAUGGAGGCACGUCUACAAAUGAUUAUUAAUGAAGGAGCAAAAAGUCUAAUGGACUUUGACAACGCGAAACCAGAAUUACCGUCGUUCUACGACGAGAAGAAAUUCCGAUUAGGACAGCAAGCAUUUUACAACAAUAUAUUUUCUAUGAUGAUAGCAAAACUUUGCGGCCUAUUGUCCCUUUUAGCAAUACCAAGCAUUUUGAAUGUACUUGUAUUCACGAAGAAGAGUGGAACUGCUUGUCUGGCGUAUAAAAGAUAUGCAGAAACGAUUCUGCAUACACAAAUUUGGCUUGAAAAGGAUCCCAAUGGCCAACCUAUUGAAUUCUUGGAAUCAAUAAAAAUUGUGAGACAAAAGCAUUGUUGUGCGUUUAAAACCAGUACCAAGGCUGGUUUUAAGCCAACGCAAUAUGAUAUGAUACUUACGCAAUUUGAACUUAUUGGAUACAUUCUAGUAAGCCAGGAGUAUCUAGGGAUAAAAACCACUUCUGAGGAAAUGGAGGGUGUAAUGCAUAUCUGGAGAGUCAUUGGUAGCAUGCUCGGCAUAGAAGACACAUUCAAUCUCUGCUCGGGGACGAUUGAAGAAACUCGUGCCCUUUGUCAAAGGUUAUUGGAAGAAGUUUUCAUUGCUGCCUUGUCAAAGGAAGGAAGGAAGAAGAACGUGCAUUUUGAUCAUAUGAGCAAUACGCUGCUGAAGGGUGUCUGGUCCAUCAGCACUAGUGUCGAUCCAAUAGGCUUCUUAGCUUUUAUCCUUUACUUGGCUUCUUCAACUGCUCGUAACAAAAAUCACUCCAUCGAAAUGGAUUCAUGGACUAUGCCGUUUUACAGCUGGUACUUGUUCAACUGGCAGCAUUUUAUUUUCAAGUACUUGAUGCGCCCUAAUGCCUGGCGGUCUUUAAUAUUCCGUACAAUUUUUAAUACUUCAAUACGACUCUCAAUUUUCUGCCUAAAACAUUUUUCCUUCCUUGCUUACUGGACAUUCGGAAAAAAAUGAAGCUGCAUGUUUGCACGGUGUGCUAUUGCGUUAUUAUUAAUUACUUUGUGCAGUUAUUAUUAAGCGUUAUUAUUAAUUACUUUGUGCAGUGACACUUGUAUACAACUUUCAGAAGCACGGGCGCAAUUUUGAAUAUUAUCAAGUAAGUAUUUUUAAUUCAAACCCCACCAACACAUAAACGUUAUUUAAACGUUUCAGGACCGUUCGAACCAUAACGUUCAUAAAAGGUGCAAAUGUCCACCUGGUUAAACGUUUGCCUAACGUUCUUAACGGUAGUGAAACGUUUCUCGAAAACGUUAGUGAAACGUUUCUCGAAAACGUGUUUCACGGAAAAUAAAAUAUAUUAUAUAAGCUAGAAUCACAUCGUAUCAAACAAGACUGUCUCAGUCAAAAUUUUUUAAGACACAGAAAGGUAAUCUUAAAUUUUUUUAUCUUAAAAAUUUUUUACUGAGGCAGUUUGUUUGAUUUGAUGUGAUGCUUGCCAAACAUAUAUAUAUAUAUAUAUAUAACUUAGACGUUUAUUACAAAUCUUAAA